CUAUUUUAGUGGUCAUUUGAUGCCAAAGAAAUGGCAACGCAUAUCUUCAUAGACAAAGAGAAUAGUGAAACUGGCACAACUGCUACUUCCAAGGAUCGGCUGCGCCUGCUAUCGGCACCUUCAAAAUCUUUUGUUGAACUGUCUCACUCUAAGACAGCACUUGGUGAAAGGACAGCUAACGUAAAUCCAGCAGCAUCCGAAUUGGUCAGGAAGGCUCUGGGCAGCUUGAAUCGGCCCCUAGCAACCACAAAGGGUCAAUUCCCUGAAGGAAAAAAGUUAAUCUCUGCUGAAAAGGCUACUGAGAAUACAAACAGAGUUGAAGGCUGCAGCAUGGUUACAGAAGACUGUCCAGAAAAGGAGAAUCUGUUUCACUAUAAUCCUCUGGAAUUUGAGAGUUUUGAGGUACCUGAGAAGCACAGGUUGAGCCAUUUGUCGCUGACUGGUGUCCCUCUUAUGACAUUUGAAAGUGGAUCUGACAGAUUUGCAAGCACAAUUUCUGUUCCUGUAAAACAGCCUUCAGUUUCAUGGGGCUACGAUACUCUGCAAUCAACUAAAGACUUCCUGGCUACUUUAGAUGAAAUUAUAAUUGAUCUUCCCCCUCUUUUGUAAUAUGUUAA